CCCAGAACCCAAAAUCGCCAAACUCUGCCAUGGGAGACGCCGGUGGGUACCUCCGUUUCCCUGGCUCCCUCGACCCUCAAGCCCAAGAGUUCCGCCCCCGCCACGUCAUCUCACCUCCGCUUCACCACCACCUCCCCGUCCUUCCACCUCCCCUCCACAACCAAUUCUUCUACCCACCUCCGCCGCCUUCGUACGCCGCCGACGGACUCCUCGGCUACCACCCCCACCACUUCCACCCGUUUCAUCACAAUCUCAACGUGUCUUACAAUUUCAAUCACGAUUACCUUCCCCAGCCCGAACCGAGUCCUCCGCCGGCGGCGGCGCCGCCGUUGCUGACCCCGACGCGGGCGAUUCUACUCUCCUCGCUUCCCACCGACGCCGGCGUCGUCAGCGAAACCCUAAUCCGCCGCGAGCUCGAAGUGUUCGGCGACGUGAGGGGCGUCCAGAUGGAGAGGAUCCGCGACGGGUUCGCCACCGUGCAUUUCUACGACAUCCGCCACGCUGAGGCGGCGCUGACCGCCAUCCGGGACCACCGCAUGCAGUACCAGGCCGGUGGUGGGGGCAGGUUUAUCACGGCGGCGGCGCGUGGACCCUUCUUCCACCUGGGGUGGGGCGGCGGCGUGUGGGCCCAGUUCACGAUUCCGUCGAUAGACGCCGUCACCGAGGGUCAUAACCAGGGGACCAUCGUCGUCUUCAAUUUGGACCCCAACGCUUCCACUUCUCAGCUCCAACAGAUCUUCCAACCUUUCGGGGCGGUGAAGGAGGUGAGAGAGACACCGCUAAAGAAGCAGCAGCGGUUUGUGGAGUUCUACGACGUGAGAGACGCCGCCAGAGCUUUGAGUGAGAUGAACGGGAAAGAGAUUUUGGGGCGGCCUGUGGUGAUUGAGUUCAGCCGGCCAGGUGGGUUCAGCAAGAAGUUCUUCAAUUCCACCGCCAACAACAGUGCAAAAGUAAUCGACAAGGAUACAAAGUACAUCCCACUCCGACCACCGCCGCCGCCGUCUACACGGCGGAGUUUCAACCCUCGGCCAUCUUCGCCACCUCGUAUAAUGGUGAGGAAGAAUCCUAUUGUGGACGGGUUUUCUCUGGGAAUGGAGGGCUUAUCGAUGAAGGGAGGUGGGAAGAAAUUAAGCCAGAGCCGUGUGGGUUUGCAGCAGCAGAAGAGUGGUGGUGGAAGUGGAAGCGGGAAUGGUAAUGGUUGCAGUAGGGUUUGGAAAGGAGGGAAGCAAUUGAUGAAAGGGAAUAACAAUCGGUAUGACAGCCGAUUUCUAAUAAACGAAGAAGCAAUGGUGGAAUCAUCAUCUUCAUCAUCGUCAAAUUGGGGGGAUUCCAGGACUACUGUAAUGAUAAAGAACAUACCCAACAAGUACAGUCAGAAGCUGCUGUUGAACAUGCUGGACAAUCACUGCAUCCACUGCAACGAGCAGAUUGCUGGUGAUGAUGAUGGUGGUGGUGAAGAACACAAUCAGCAGCCUUUCUCAUCUUAUGAUUUUGUAUAUCUCCCGAUUGAUUUCAACAACAAGUGCAAUGUGGGAUAUGGGUUCGUGAACAUGACAUCGCCGCAAGGGGCGUGGAGGCUGUACAAGGCGUUCCACCAUCAACAUUGGGAGGUCUUCAACUCCAAGAAGAUCUGUGAAGUCACCUACGCCAGAGUCCAGGGGUUGGAGGCGUUGAAAGAGCAUUUCAAGAACAGCAAGUUCCCGAGCGAGGUGGAGCACUAUCUGCCGGUGGUAUUCUCCCCGCCGAGGGAUGGGAAGCAGCUGACUGACCCUUGCCCCAUCAACGGAGGAGCAGGAGACAAUGUUCAGAAGCAGAAUCAGGAGGAAGAACUGAAUGGUAACGUAGAUGGCCUCAGAAACAGUACUUCUGCCGAAGAGAAUGACUGCAGCGGCGGUGGGGAUGAGAAUGGGAACAGUGACAGGGACAGCAGCAGCAGCAGCUAGCUAAUAAAGAAAACAGAUAAUGUGAACUACUGCCAUGAAAUGAAGUGAUAGAAUGAAAAGAAUAUAACGAUAAAAAGAAAAAAAACAAACAGAUGUAGUAUUAUAUUAGUAGUAGUUAUGUGCAUGUGUUUAGUAAAUAGUAUUAUCAUAUCUUAUCAUCCAUCAUAUGAUCACAUCCCACGCCUCUAGAACAGCAAGUAGCAUCGAGAGGCUUCUGAGGAAACUGGCUAGGGACUGUAACUAAGCUAGAUUUGAGCUUAGCAAAAUUCACCUUCCUGCCAAACUGCUCGAUUUCGAUCACGAUGUAGUAUCAUUUGUUGCAUCGUGAUGAGACAAGCAUAUAGAAAGAAAUGGGUGUUGUAAGU